AUAAGUCAGCGCUAGUAAUCUCGCUGCCUAGAAGUAACUUAUCAACUGGCGUGCUGGGUUGGGUUGUUUGUUAUUGUUCAUGCUCUGUCGACGGCAGAAGGGAUAAAUCACUUACCUAGUACUCCGUAAUCGAGGGGCAAUGUCCCACUCAAAAAUAGUAUGUACCUUACUCAUCCAUAUGUGCUCGACUCGACUCGACUCGACUCACACUCGGACAUAUCUGCCAAGAGUGGCUAGGCGUCCUGCCAGGUCGCUAAUCUAUUGGGUGAAGAGUGCAAACACCUUGGAUGAGAGUUCGGCAGUGUACUCGUAUCCGAUCGAAUCGAUUUAUGCAGUACUAUUUUGGCUAUGGGUUACUUACUUACCACACAGCUAUAGCUACUCAGUGAUAAGUAAGAAAGUGAGAUGACAGUGCCGAGAUACCCUGGAAUGGGUCUGGAUCUCGCCUGGGCUACUGGGCUACCGGGUUGGGUUAGACUGAGCCAGAGCCAGAGCCUCGAGGCGUACCAUCCAUC